AUGUAACAACGAUUAAAAACUCACGCAAUCACUGAAGAAGCCAGACAAUCUAGUUCCGACCUUCUCAGUCCCUUACAUGAGAUGUAUUAAAUAAGGAGGAAUGUGAUGAAACUAGAGAAACAACGAACUGAUGAAAGUUGUCAUCGCAAAUCAGAGGAAUUCAUCAAGAGCAUCAGUCAGUCUCAUAGGGAUGUGAUAAUCCCUCAGCAUCUUAAUUUUGAGGAUAAUCUUGAUGGUAGUAGAGCAACCAUCAAUUCCAUUAACUCUGUUGCAUAGCAUUAUGAAAUCAUCAAACCAAACCUUCAUAACAUUGAUUGGAAUAAGGAAAACAAUUAAAAUUAGAGCAAUAAGAAUAAACACCAUUAAAAAUGUGAUUCAAACAAACACAAAACCAAAUAUGUCUAAUUAGAUAAUUAACGUCAAUAAAUUAAUAAAACUAUUCAAUAAAUGUCCAAGUGCAAUCGACAAUUAGCCAUUGUGCUGAAGGCCUAAGUCGACAAAUUAUUCGAUACUAUCAAAACUGACUAUACCUAUGCUUGA